AUGACUUUGGUUGAGCUUUUAGAUGAGAGUAAUAUGGUUCCUGUUUCGGCUUACGAGAAUUCAGAAGUUGAAAUUAGUGGAAUUCAACACGAUUUUAGGCUUGUAACAUCUGGUAAUUUGUUUGUGUGUUGUGUUAGAAGUAAAAACGACGGACACAUGUUCUUGAGAGAGGCUAAUAAAAGAGAAGUUGUUAUUGUUAAGUUAACACUCAUAACCUUUACUUCUCUUUGGAAAACUAUUAGCUACAAAAACCUUACUUCAAUCGAAAUUGAAGGUAUCUCAUAUGCAUAUGACGAAGGAGGUUUAUCAGCAGCAGAAAGCUUAGAGAUUUACAAAGAAACCUUUUGGAGAGUUGAAUCAGAAUCACUUUUUGAGCUUCUUCAGAAACUACCCGCCUCAGAAACUCCACCAAGUUGUGUUAUUUUUUAUGUUUUUUUGCUUUGGACUCUUGAUACUCAUGAGAAGUUUAUUGAGUUAGCACUUUCAAAAUCUGAGCAUUUGUUGCAUGGAUUGCCUAAACUUGCUCUAGGGGAUUUGCCUACCUUUUUGUAUAAGUAUGGAUCUUAUCCUGGAUAUUUUGACAUAGUGGUCAAUCAAUUUGACAAUAUUGAUUUGGCUAAUGGAGGUGAAAAGCCUCCAAUCUGGCAAGAUUUUGUUGGAAUCAUUGUUCUCUUGGUCAUCAACUCAACUAUCAUUUCAUCAUAA